AUGGAUAAAAAACGUAAAGGCGGUGCACAAAAACAAAGAGAAAAGAAAAAUAAAUUACUAAUUUCAGAAGCGUCAAAAUGCAAAAAUUUAGAUUCAUAUUUUACUUCUUCAAAAAAUAUUAAUAUUAUAUCAAAUAAUUCUCUAGCCUCAGCCAAUUCUCAUUUAAAUCAAAACACCGGGAUUAUUUCAAAUGAAAAUUUUAAAAAUGUUUCUAGCAUAACCGUUGAUCAAUAUUCAAAAGAUCAAGCAAGUACUUCUUCAUCCGACACAAAUCUUGAUACCAUCGUUAAGCCUAUUAAAUGUAAUACCGAAAAUGAAGUAUAUAUUUCUAAUAAUAUAUCUAAAAAUAUUGAGAAAACUUAUGAUAACUCAUCAAUUUUUUUUUGUACUCCAUUACCAAAUGAAAGAAAUCAAUUUUUUGAAUACCACCCAAUUCAGCCAUUUCAAGAUAUGUUACCAUUCAACCCUAGGUUAGUUUUUCAACGUAAAGAUGGUUCAAAUCGUCAAUGGUUGACUUUUUCUCAUGAAAAAAAAACACUUUUUUGUACAUGUUGCUUAGCGUAUGGUGAUGCGAAUGAGAAAAACUGUCUUGUUACGGGUGUAUCUGAAUUUAAUCCGAAACAUUUGUACUCUACUUUAGAACGACAUGAAAAUAGUCAACAGCAUAGAAAUAAUACUGAAGCUUACUUUUUGAAUUUUAAUAAAGCAGAUAUAAAAAAUCUAAUUUUUGUAAAGCAAACAUCAUUGAAACAGCUUGAAGUACAAAAAAAUAGGGAAAUAUUGGAACGAAUUAUAGAAACUAUAAAAACAAUAGGAAAAAGAGGAUUAAGUUUUCGCGGUAAACGACACGAAGCUGCAUAUAGCUUAACAGAUGAAACUUUAGACCAUGGUACUUUCCUUGAAAUACUUAUACUCUUAGGUAAAUUUGAUCCCAUAUUAAAAAAUCAUUUGGAUCAUGUAGCUUUAAAAAGUAAAAAAGCCCACCAAAAAAAGAAAACUGGCAGAGGUAGUUUAGUAACUUUUUUUUCUAAAACAACCAUCAAUUCAAUUAUACAGAUAAUUUGUCAAAUAAUGAGACAAAACAUUGUUAAUGAAAUUAAAAGUGCUGGGAUGUUUUCUAUACAAAUUGAUACAACGCAAGAUGUGAAAGUUGAAGAUCAAUGCUCAAUUAUCAUCAGGUAUCUAACCGACUCGGUUAAAGAAAGACUAAUAGCGGUGACAAAUGUAAAAUCAUCUACAGGAGAAUCUAUGUUCCAAUUAGUCAAAGAAACUUUGGAAAUAAAUGGUGUUGAUUUAAAGUAUUGUAUUGGGUCUUCUACAGAUGGUGCAUCAAACAUGCAAGGGCGCUAUAAAGGAUUUUCUAAGUAUUUGUCAGAUGAAAAUCCAUCUCAGUUGCAUGUAUGGUGCUAUGCACAUUGUUUAAAUUUAGUUAUGAUUGAUGUGACAGAAAUAACUAUUGAAAGUGUCAAGUUUUUUAGUCUUCUUAAUGAAUGUGCUAAUUUUUUAAGAGAAUCCUAUAAAAGAAUGGAUGUGUGGAAAGAAUUAUGUGGAAACAACAAACGAUUAGCAAAAGCAGGAGAUACAAGGUGGUGGUCUAAAGAAUCGUCGAUUACAACUAUUUUUGGCCACUUCGGUAUGCCUGAAAGUGCAUUAUAUGUUGUAUUAAUUUCAGUUAUGUCUAAAAUUGCAAAUUCUGAUAAGUUUAAUCGAGAAACACGAUAUAAAGCUAUUACAUUAAAGGACUCUUUUUUAAAAUAUAGUUUUGUGAUGACAUCACAAUUAUACUUACGAAUAUUUGAGCGUAUUUCACCAUUGUCCAAGUAUUUGCAAACAAGUGGAAUGGACUUAGUUCAAGCAUAUAGGAUGGUUUCUAGUACUAUAACAUACUUACAAGAAAUAUCUAGAGAUUUUCAAAGAGUAAAAGAAGCUACUGAUUCAUUUAUAGUAUGGGCAGAAAAAGAGUUGGAAGAAGUAGAUUGUGACGAAAUUCUUGAAUCACAGUUCCCAGAUGAAAGUUCGGUUCGUCGUAAAAUUAAAAAAAAAAUGCCAGGUGAGGUAUCAAGAGACCAACUUAUAAUAAAUCCACUUGAAAAAUUCAAAAUAACUGUACACAAUAUAGUUUUGGACACAAUUAUCAAUAAACUUAAUGAACGAUUUACAAAACAUGGCUCAUUAUACUCAGAUUUAUCUCUUUUAGAUCCAACCAAUUUUAAAGAUAUAAAUGAUACUAUGUCUAAAAAAGCAUUUACACGUUUAAGUGAUUUAAUCAUUUUCUUUGACAAAACUGCUACUCCAGAAAACUUGCGACAUGAAUUGUUUGAUUUUAAAGAAAAGUGGCCAUCUAUAAAAUAUACCGUGCCUGAGAGUUAUGACAAAAAUGUAGACGAUUAUUCUGAUGAAAGUUCUUAUGAAUCCGACUCAGAAUCUAUAAAGAACCAACUUAUUUUACAAGGUACACAUGAGGAAAAAUGUACAAAUUCUAAUCAGUUUUGUAAAAACUGUCCAGUCUGUUGUUAUAUAGUUAUUUCUAAAAUUCGUAAUUCAUUAAGUCAAGAUCAUCUUCAAGCAUUUAUGCUCAUGGCUAUCGAAAAAAAAACUCUUAUAGAAGUCGGAAAUGAAGAAGUCAAAGAUAAACUUGCUAAGAGCAGCCCCUUAAUGUCUAAACUUUUAUUACAUUAA